AGCAGGACACCAAAGCAACCUAACGCAACCUCAACAGGCUCGUUCAAAAGCGACCGUGUGGCGAACGUGUCUCGCGGCAGCCUAAAUAAUUGAUCGCGCGGAACGUGGGACGUUUCAGAUGGGAUCUCUCCAUGUGAUUCAGCGAGUGUAGCUGCAGUUCUCCUCACAGACACACUCACACUACCUAUCUGCCACUGCCAGAGAAACAAGGACGUCCUUCUUUUGCCUAGAAACCGGAGAUGUUAGGAACGAGCUGUUAAAGCCUAGCUGUGUCAUUGUCGCUCAACUUUAUUUUCAGGGGAGUUAAUCAGCUACUGGAGACAUUUGAAAUCACCAAGAUCUGGCGACAAAGGACUACUUGAAAAGCUUAACCUGAAUGUGAUAUUUGGUUGAAGAAGGCAGGAAUAAAAAGCCAUCAUCAUGGAUUUUGUAAUGAAGCAAGCGUUGGGAGGGGCGACCAAAGACAUGGGGAAAAUGCUGGGUGGUGAGGAGGAAAAGGACCCUGAUGCAGAGAGGAAGGAGGAAGAAAGACAGGAAGCCCUCAGGCAACAGGAGGAAGAGAGAAAGGCGAAGUACGCAAAAAUGGAGGCGGAGAGGGAAUCAGUUCGACAGGGCAUCAGGGACAAGUAUGGCAUAAAGAAGAAGGAAGAGAAAGAGGCAGAGGCACAGGCAGCCAUGGAGCAGGCGUCCGAAGGGAGUUUGACCCGUCCUAAGAAAGCAAUCCCUGCCGGCUGUGGUAAUGAAGAAGAGGAAGAGGAGAGCAUCAUGGAUACAGUAAUGAAGUUCCUUCCAGGCCCACUUCAAGAUAUGUUCAAUAAAAAGUAACAGUGUUUCACGACAAGUUUAAAUCAUUAAGGUCAAGAAUUCCACCACCUUUCUCCCUUUCCCCUCUGUCAUAUUUGUUCUAAGAUCUCUGGACUCGAUCUGCGUGCCAUAACAUCUGUCUUUUACUGAGGGGUCCAAAUAAAUGUGACAUUUUUUGUUAAAAUGAUGAAGAAAAAUGUGUGCACUAGAAAUGUUGCAUAUACAUGUUUGCAUUGUUUCUCUGUUUAAAGACAAAAAAGCCCCAUGAGUCCAGACCUUAGAGCAAAAAUAUUCCCAUGCAUCAUUAAUUUUGUUUGUAAAUAACAAAUGAAAAAAUAACUGUAUAUGAAUACAGGUAUCUAUAUCUAUAUAUAUCUAUAUAU